AUGGGUCGUCGUCCAGCUCGUUGUUACAGAUACUGCAAAAAUAAGCCUUAUCCAAAGAGUCGUUUCUGUCGUGGUGUUCCUGAUCCAAAAAUUAGAAUUUUCGAUCUGGGAAGAAAGAAAGCGAGUGUUGAUGAAUUCCCUCUAUGUAUUCAUUUACUUUCCGAUGAGCACCAGCAACUUUCAAGUGAAGCCUUAGAGGCAGGGCGUAUAUGUGCCAACAAGUACAUCACAAAGAUGGCUGGUAAAGAUUCCUUUCAUUUGCGAGUUAGAGUUCAUCCGUUCCAUGUAAUUCGCAUCAAUAAAAUGUUGUCCUGUGCCGGUGCCGAUAGAUUGCAAACUGGUAUGCGUGGAGCAUUCGGUAAACCUACUGGUACUGUCGCUCGUGUUAAUAUUGGACAAAUUAUUUUCUCCGUACGUACCAAAGAAAACAACAGAGCUGUUGUUAUUGAAGCACUCCGACGCGCAAAGUACAAAUUCCCUGGUCGUCAAAAGAUUAUUAUUUCCAAAAAGUGGGGAUUCACUAAAUUAUCACGGGAAGAAUAUGGAGAAAAACGGCAAGCGGGUCUUUUACAACCUGAUGGUGCUUACGUUAAAUAUCUUUCUAAUCAUGGACCACUUGUAAAACAUCUUGAACAAAUUGUCGCAGCAGAAGUGUAA